AUGGCUUCUUCCGCGACCUGCAUUUUCUGCAAGAUUGUCAAGGGUGAAAUCCCCUGCUUCAAGCUCGUCGAGACUGAGAAGACUCUCGCCUUUCUCGACAUCCAACCUCUUUCCCGUGGUCAUGCCCUCGUAAUCCCCAAACACCACGGCGAGAAACUCUCCGACAUCCCCGACGACUCCCUCGCCGAGCUUCUCCCCAUCGCCAAGAAGCUCGCCAUCGCCUCGGGCGCCGUGGACUACAACAUCCUGCAGAACAACGGCAAGCUGGCGCACCAGGAGGUCGGGCACGUGCACGUGCACAUGAUUCCCAAGCCGAACGAGAAGGAAGGGCUGGGUGUGGGUUGGCCGCAGCAGGCGACGGACUUUGAGGGGUUGAAGAAGUUGCAUGCGGAGAUUAAGGAGAAGUUGUAG